AUGUAUAUCAAAAGGGUAGUGAUUAAGGGUUUUAAAACCUAUAGGAACGAAACCAUUAUUGAUAAUUUCUCGCCGCAUCAGAAUGUUAUCAUAGGGUCCAAUGGUUCAGGUAAAUCGAACUUCUUCGCCGCUAUCAGGUUUGUUCUUAGUGACGAUUACUCCAAUCUUAAGAGGGAAGAGAGGCAAGGGCUUAUCCACCAAGGAUCUGGUGGUUCAGUGAUGAGUGCCUCGGUUGAGAUUGUGUUCCAUGAUCCAGAUCAUUCUAUGAUAUUGCCCUCCGGUGUGCUUUCGAGAGAGGAUGACGAAGUGACGAUUAGAAGAACAGUAGGACUGAAGAAGGAUGACUAUCAAUUAAAUGACAGAAACGUGACUAAGGGAGACAUUGUCAGAAUGUUGGAAACCGCUGGUUUUUCAAUGAAUAAUCCUUAUAAUAUAGUGCCACAAGGUAAAAUAGUUGCCUUAACUAAUGCUAAGGAUAAAGAGAGAUUGCAGUUACUGGAAGAUGUUGUAGGAGCUAAGUCGUUCGAAGUCAAAUUGAAAGCUUCAUUGAAAAAAAUGGAGGAAACAGAGCAGAAAAAGAUUCAAAUUAGCAAGGAAAUGGAUGAAUUAAAUUCAAAACUGGGUGAAAUGGAGCAGGAACGUAAAGAAUUGGAGAAAUACAACGAGUUGGAACGCAAUAGAAAGAUUUAUCAGUUCACUUUGUAUGAUCGAGAAUUGAAUGAUGUCAUCAAUCAGAUGGAAAGACUGGAUGGUGAUUAUAAUAACACCGUAUACUCUUCCGAACAAUACAUCCAAGAGUUGGAUAAAAGAGAAGAUAUGAUUGAACAAGUCUCCAAAAAUCUAUCAAGUAUUCAAGCCUCACUAAAGAUCAAAAAUGCAACAGAUUUACAACAGGCCAAACUACGAGAGUCUGAGAUUUCUCAGAAUUUAACAAACGUUAACGUAAAAAUAAAGGAUGUUCAACACCAAAUCGAAUCAAAUGGGGAACAGAGAAACUUGGAUAGUGCGACUUUGGAAAAGAUCAAAUCUAUAAUUCAGCAGAGGAAACAAAAGUUGUCCAAGAUUUUACCUAGAUAUCAAGAACUUACGAAGGAAGAAGCAAUGUACAAACUUAAAUUGGCUUCUUUGCAACAAAAGCAAAGAGAUCUGAUCUUAAAAAAGGGAGAAUAUGCUCGUUUUAAAUCAAAGGAAGAGCGCAAUACGUGGAUUCAUUCCGAAAUUGAAGAAUUAAAGUCUUCAAUACAGAAUCUGAAUGAACUAGGAAGUCAAUUGCAAAUGGAUCGUACCUCUUUAAAGAAAAAAUAUUCUAAUAUUGAUGAAGAGAUUGAAGAGCUGAUUGAUUCUAUUAAUGGACCGGAUAUCAAGGGUCAAUUAGAAGAUUUUGAUUCGGAAUUAACCAGCCUGAAGCAGAAAUUGGGUGAAAGCUUAGAUACCCGUAAGGAAUUGUGGAGAAAGGAACAAAAACUGCAGACAGUCUUGGAAACUUUAUUAAGUGACGUCAACCAAAAUCAAAGAAACGUCAAUGAAACCAUGAGUAGGUCGUUGGCAAACGGUAUAAUAAAUGUGAAAGAAAUUACCGAAAAACUAAAAAUAUCACCGGAAUCUGUCUUUGGGACAUUAGGUGAACUGAUUAAAGUCAAUGAUAAAUAUAAAGCAUGCGCUGAAGUAAUUGGGGGUAACUCCCUUUUCCACAUUGUGGUAGAUACCGAAGAAACGGCCACAUUGAUUAUGAACGAACUAUAUCGUAUGAAAGGAGGAAGAGUAACGUUUAUCCCCUUAAAUAGGUUAUCUUUGGAUAGUGAUGUUAAAUUCCCUUCGAAUACUACAACACAGAUUCAGUUUACUCCCUUAAUAAAGAAGAUAAAAUACGAACCCAGGUUUGAAAAGGCUGUCAAACACGUCUUCGGGAAAACUAUCGUUGUCAAAGAUUUAGGCCAAGGUUUAAAAUUAGCUAAGAAACAUAAACUCAAUGCCAUUACUCUAGAUGGUGAUAGAGCAGACAAAAGAGGUGUACUUACAGGUGGUUAUCUUGACCAGCACAAAAGAACACGUUUGGAUUCAUUGAAAAACUUAAAUGAAUCAAGAAGCAAACACAAGAAAAUACUGGAGGAAUUAGAAUUUGUAAGAAAUGAACUGAAUGAUAUUGAUGCUAAAAUUGAUCAGGUAAACGGAAACAUAAGAAGAGUUUCUAAUGAUAGGGAGUCUGUCUUAACAAAUAUUGAGAUUCAUAGAACGUCGCUAAACACCAAAAAGAAUGAAAAAUUGAUUCUCGAGGAAUCUUUAAAUUCUAUUGUACUAAAGCUAGAAAAGCAGAAUACAAAUCUCACUUUUGCUCAAGAAAAGUUGAAUACAUUCGAAAACGAUUUGCUUCAGGAAUUUGAUAGUGAACUCUCAAUAGAAGAGAAGGAAAAGUUGCUGUCUUUAACAAAGGAAAUUAGUGCAGCGCACAAUAAGUUAAAUAUUACAUCAGACGCAUUAGAAGGUAUAACAACAACCAUUGAUUCAUUGAAUGCAGAAUUGGAGUCUAGACUUAUUCCGCAAGAAAAUGAUCUUGAAGCCAAGAUGUCAGAAAUAGGUGACGCGUUUAUUUUGGGCCUUCAAGAUGAAUUGAAAGAACUACAAUUAGAGAAGGAAAGUGUCGAGAAGCAACAUGAAAGCGCUGUGUUAGAACUAAGUAAUGUUCAAAGGGAAAUCGAAAGUCUCCUUGCUGAAGAAACUAACAAUAAGAAACUCCUAGAAAAAGCCAAUAAUCAGCAGCGUUUACUAUUAAAGAAGCUUGACAAUUUCCAAAAAAGUGUGGAAAAAACGAUGAUAAAAAAGACAACUUUGGUUACGAGAAGGGAAGAACUGCAGCAAAGAAUUAGGGAAAUUGGACUACUGCCGGAAGAUGCUUUGGUAAAUGAUUUCAGUGACAUCACAAGUGAUCAGUUAUUACAAAAAUUGAAUGAUAUGAACACAGAGAUUUCGGGUUUGAGUAACGUAAAUAAGAGAGCUUUUGAAAACUUCAAAAAGUUCAACGAAAGACGCAAGGACCUUUCAGAAAGAGCUUCAGAGCUGGAUGAGUCUAAAGACUCAAUCCAAGACUUAAUUGUUAAAUUAAAACAGCAAAAGGUUAAUGCGGUUGAUUCUACUUUCCAAAAAGUUUCUGAAAAUUUUGAAGCUGUUUUCGAGAGAUUAGUUCCCAGAGGUACUGCUAAGCUGAUUAUCCACCGCAGCAGUGAUAACGCUAAUGACCAGGGGGAGAAUGUUGACGUUGACAUGGAUGCUGACUCCAAUGAAGGAGAAAGUGGUAAGGAUGGCGAAAUUAUGUACACAGGUGUUUCAAUUUCUGUAUCCUUUAAUUCUAAACAAAAUGAACAACUACAUGUCGAACAGCUGUCAGGUGGUCAGAAGACGGUUUGUGCCAUUGCCUUAAUUCUAGCAAUCCAAAUGGUUGACCCUGCUUCCUUCUACCUGUUUGAUGAAAUUGAUGCCGCAUUAGACAAGCAGUACAGAACUGCUGUUGCUACACUUUUAAAAGAACUGUCAAAAAAUGCUCAGUUUAUUUGUACGACGUUCAGGACAGAUAUGUUACAAGUUGCAGAUAAAUUUUUCCGCGUCAAGUACGAGAAUAAAAUUUCCACUGUUAUUGAAGUCAAUAGAGAAGAAGCAAUCGGAUUUAUUAGAGGUAGCAAUAAGUUCGCUGAGGUCUGA